AUGAGCGGCGGCGGCCACGCGGGCGGUGGGGGGCUGGGGGGAGCAGCGGCCUGGCCCGAGGGCGGUGGCAGGCGAUUGGGGGGAAGAGAGGACUGGACAGGGCCGCGGAGAAGUGGAGGAGGAGGAGGAGGAGGGUUUGGUUUUGAUGACAGCUGCGUGCGGACGACGGAAGGCAUGGUGCUCUUCUGGAAGGAGCCGGCGUGCUUCGUGCAAUGGACGCCUUGCUCUUUCGAAUUGGAUGGGGAACGCUACUGCAACGCGGAGCAGUGGAUGAUGGCGAGCAAGGCGAGGCUGUUCAACGACAGGACCGCACUGCAGCAAAUCAUGGCGACCGCGGACCCCCGGAGGCAGAAGGCACUGGGCCGUCAGGUCAGGGGCUUUGAUCCUGCGAUGUGGGACAAGAAGGGCUACGACGUGGUCGUCAGGGGGAACUUGGCGAAGUUCAAGCAGAACCCGGGGUUCCGGGACGAGCUUCUCGCCACGGGAGACAGGAUCCUGGCGGAGGCCAGCCCUUACGACAGCGAGUGGGGCAUCGGACUCCACGCAAACGAUGCGGACGCCCUGAUCCAAGCAAGGUGGCCUGGGAGGAACAAGCUCGGAGAAGCGCUUAUGGACGUGCGCUCCCAACUCCGAAACGAGGCUUACGACGAGGAUCAAAAAGAAGAGAGGGGAGAAAAGCAAGAGGAGGGAGCGGAGUGGGUGAGGGAUGAUGACCGGGCCGCGUAUGGGACAGACGAGGAUUGGGUGAUGGAUGACCCCCCCGUCCAUGACGAUGAGAAUGAGCGAGUCGGCCGCUCGCGAAAGUACAAGUAG